AUGAUCCGCAUCACAAUCUCGCUUUGCGUCGGCGUAUUCGGCCUGCUGGCGACGCCGCUGGCAGCCGAGGAGCCAUCCGCCCGCACGCUCGUCUGGGCCGACGAAUUCAAUAUGCCCGAGCUCGAUCGCGACAGAUGGGGCGUCAUCGGGACCGAUUUCUGGGUCAACAAUGAACAGCAGGCCUAUGUCGAUGCACCUGCCGUGCUGUCGAUCAUCGACGGACUUUCGGGCGCCGAUGGCGGCGCGCUGAUGCUGCGUCCCGUGUUCAAGCCCGGCGUCGACCCGCACCCCGACCGGAAGGCUGAUUUCCUCUCGGGCCGGAUCGAGAGCAGGGACAAGUUCGACUUCACCUAUGGUCGCGCCGAAGCUCGGAUCCGGAUGCCCGACGCGAAAGGC